UACACCUAGCCUAAUGUACCUGUACCUUAAUUCUAGUUUAGGUAUACAGCCCUAGUGUCACAUGCCCUGUUUCGAUUGUAUGGUCCCCAGAAAGUACCUCUAGUUUUAGCACCAGAUAUGGAAUAUGGGCUGUAUGCAGUACAUGUAUUUUUCAAAUAAAUGCUUAACUUUUUCAGGCCUUUGGACUGAAAAAGAAGCCCCCAUGAAGAGUACAUUGCAAGACCUACCCAAUCCAACCUGCAGUGAUGGAUACAGCUUUCAUGAGAACAUGUGCUACAAGGCCUUCACCACACCGCAAAACCAAAUUGUCGCUCAAAUCAAGUGUUUGUCAGAAUGUGGCGACCUCGCCAUACCCCGUACAGAGAGCAUCGACAAGUUCCUCAUCUCUCUGAAAAAUGCUGCUGACCCCCAAAGCAACUUCUGGUUUGGUCUCAAGCGCCUUGGUCUCAGUGAGAAGUUUUACUGGGUGUCAAAUGAGUCGGAUAUUGUGGACAAGAACACCGACUAUACCAACUGGGCCCCCGGACGUCCUGAUGAUGAAGCCGACGAUAAGGACUGUGUGUUGUACCUCGCCCAGGACUCAAAUUUUCCUGAUAAAUGGGACCAUCUUCCCUGUUUCGCAACCAAGCUACCAUACCUAUGUUCAACCAAGUGUCAUUUAGUCCAAGGAUAGCUGGUUAGCCUACCCUGACAAAGGACACUUUAAUGAGGGUCUGCAUGGGGGGUCCCGACAACGAUUUACAAGGCAAUUUCGCAA